UGUAUAUAAUAAUAUUUUAAGAUGUUGUGCAAUACUUCUGCGAUCAAUCCAUGUGAGCAUGGUCGUACUGCCGAAGAGCGUGGUAUAUUCCGUUGUUGCCAAUGGCUUGACGGUCUGAUUGCAGAUGACAGUGCCAGUGCCUUAAUUGCGAAUUUUCGUCCGUUAAGGCACCCAUUAAAGUACUUUGCUGUGGAUUUAGAUGGUACAUUCCUGUCUAAUAACCCUGAAGUAUUCCAGCGUAACCUUGAUGCUUUUGCUAAGGUUUUUCGUGCUGGUUAUAAGAUAUUUUUCUGUACAGGUCGCUGUCAUACGGACUCUAUGCGCGUGAUGCCUGCGGGUUUUAUGGAGAAGAUAGGUUACAACGGUUUUCCCGGUGUAUACUACAAUGGUGGCAUUGUAUUCGAUGAUAAGGGUAAUGUUAUUGUCAAUGAGCUAUUCGACAAGGGUAUAUUAUCUCGUAUCAUUGACUGCAUUAUUGCUGCUAACCAUGAGAAGUACACUGUAUUUUUGACUUUUGACUGCUGGUACGUCGUUACUGAUGACCGUUCUUACUUCAACGAGAUGAUUGAAUUUGCUGGUUUGAAUCGUCCUCUUGUGCGCACUACCUUGGCAGAGGUAAUGAAGAUGGACAUUAUGAAGGUCCUCAUUUGCAAGUAUGCUUUAAUGGCUCCAUACUUUGGUGGUAUGGUUAACCAUGACUUCGUUCACAAGCGUGCUAUGCUUGACAUGACUGACUUGACUCCUGUAGGCGUCACUAAGCGUAGUGGACUUGAGGUAUUGCUCGACCAUCUAGGUGGUUCUGCAGCUGAAUGCGGUUACAUUGGUGACGCCGAGAACGACAUUGAAGCUAUGGAGUUCUGUGAUCAUUCAUUUGCUGUUGGCAAUGCUACUGACACCGUAAAGCAAUCGGCUAAGUACGUUUGUGAGAUAACCAGUGAACAGUGCGCCUUUGCUGCUGUUGUUGAUGCUGUAUAUGGCUCAUACAUCUCUAGAUGAGCUCAAUGCGUUAUUUAUUUUCAAAAAUCAUUUAAGUUGUGUACCUACGGUGUGGGUACCUUAUUUUUAAAGUCGGCUGUUAACUCGGAUAUUGGUACUUGUGGAUUUACGAAAUCUUGGAUUUCACACGUACCGAUGUUUUUAUAGCUGUGGAUUUUAUUCGCUUGGAGCACGUCGUGCCCGCUGUGCAGGC